GCUAACGCGGCGGCGGCGGCGGAGGGAACCGGGAGCCGGGAGCCGGGAGCGGGAUCCGGGAGCGGCGGCAGCACGAUGGGGGCCUGUCUCGGGGUCUGCUCCCUGCUCAGCUGCGUGUCGUGUCUCUGCGGCUCUGCCCCGUGCCUGCUCUGCGGCUGCUGCCCCUCAACCAAGAACUCCACCAUCUCCCGCCUCCUCUUCACCUUCUUCCUCUUCCUCGGCACCCUCGUGUCCAUCAUUAUGAUAAUCCCUGGCGUGGAGAAGGAGUUGCACAAGCUCCCCGGUUUCUGUGAAGGCAGCGGCUCGGUGCUGGGGGUCCAGCCCCACCUGGACUGCAGCAGCUUCCUGGGCCACAAGGCCGUGUAUCGCAUGGGCUUCGCCAUGGCCGCCUUCUUCUGCCUCUUCGCCGUGCUCAUGGUGUGCGUGCGCAGCAGCAAGGACCCGCGGGCCGCCCUGCAGAACGGCUUCUGGUUCUUCAAGUUCCUGGUGCUGGUGGGGAUCACAGUGGGGGCCUUCUACAUCCCCAACGGUGCCUUCACCACAGUCUGGUUUUACUUUGGUGUGGUCGGCUCCUUCCUCUUCAUCCUCAUCCAGCUCGUUCUCCUCAUCGACUUCGCGCACUCCUGGAGCCAGCGGUGGCUGUGCAACGCGGGCGAGAGCAACGCCAAGGGCUGGUAUGCAGCCCUCUGCACCGUCACCUUCAUCUUCUACGCCGCCUCCAUCGCGGCUGUUGCGCUGCUCUACGUCUACUACACCAAGCCUGAGGGCUGCACGGAGGGCAAGGCCUUCAUCAGCAUCAACCUCAUCCUCUGCCUCAUCGUCUCCGUUGUGUCCAUCCUGCCCAAGAUCCAGGAGGCUCAGCCGCACUCGGGGCUGCUGCAGGCGUCCCUCAUCACCCUCUACACCAUCUACGUCACCUGGUCCGCCCUGGCCAACGUGCCAACCCGGCGCUGUAACCCCACGCUGCUGGUGAGGAACAGCACUGGCCCGGCCACGGCCACCGAGCCGCCGACAGCCUGGUGGGACGCCCCGAGCAUCGUGGGGCUGCUGAUCUUCAUCCUCUGCACCCUCUUCAUCAGCCUCCGCUCCUCGGACCACCCGCAGGUGAACAAGCUGAUGCUGACGGAGGAGAGCGGGGCCGGGGCCGGGGCCGGGGCCGGGGCCGGGGCCGGGGCCGGGGCCGGGCCGGGCGGGGCGGCCGAGGAGGGCGGGGUGCGCCGCGCCUACGACAACGAGCAGGACGGCGUCUCCUACAGCUACACCUUCUUCCACCUCUGCCUCCUCCUCGCCGCGCUCUACAUCAUGAUGACCCUCACCAACUGGUACAGGCCGGAUGAGAGCUUGCAGGUGCUGAGGAGCCCCUGGACGGCCGUGUGGGUGAAGAUCAGCUCCAGCUGGGCCGGGCUCCUGCUCUACCUCUGGACCUUGGUGGCUCCGCUGGUGCUGCCGGACCGGGACUUCAGCUGAGGUGGCCCUGGAAGUGCUGCUGCCAUCGUGGCUUUGUCCGUGGAGGCUGGGGACAGCCCCAGCUCUGCCUCAGCCUCGGUUCUGCUGUGCUGGGUUGUGCCUUCUUGCAGCUCUUUUGUUUUAAUUUGAAAGGGAUGAAGUGCCAAGCAGAGAAAAUGAAGGGCUGAGAGAGAGACCUGAGGGUGUUUUCAAAGCUCUCAUCAUCUCCGUGUUCGUGUAGUGCCUUUGGCAGUGCCUCCAGACCCUCUGCACCCCGCAGACCCCACUGCCUUGCCUUGCGAGGGUUUGGUUCUCACCAGCUGGUGGUGCCCCGGGACCGUGGUGCCUUUUGGGGUCUCUGGGCUCUGGCCGGGUACCAGGACCCAGGACCCGGCCGGUGUCGUGUCCCCAAACAGCCCGGAGGAAAACGAAUCCCAGGGACUUGUGGCUGGAGGCAGAGGUCCCGCUGCAGCCCCAGCCUCGAUGGUGGCCGCAGCUCCUCGGGGCUGUCCCGGCAGGAGGACAGGUCCCUGUCCUCUCCAGAGCACAGGUCAGGUUUCCCACAGGCUGCGCCGGCCUGGCCCCAGCACUUUGCCUCGUUAAUAAAAUCUCAUUUGGAAUAAACACGG